UGCGAUAUGUUUCCUCCAGCUUUCCUUUCUUUAAUCAUUCUUUGAGUUGAGUAAACUAUGGAGAAACACGCAUCAUAGCCGUGUAAAACCAUAAGAGUUUACCUAUAUUAUCGUAAACUGCCUUUUUCCUUCACUAAUUUACAGCUGCUCUUGCAUGCUCUGGAGAAAUCCCUUGCCCAGUAUAAGCUGCUGUCUGCCCCUUUUCAGCUCUCCUUUUGCUGUAGCUCUAGAGGUACUUCAAAGGCAGAGAGGAGCUGAGAGUAUUUUGAAAGUUGACCUCUCAGACGCAUGGAUCAGAGACUCUCAACCGAUGCAGUGGACUACAGAAAUGGUGACUACACCAAAAUUAAAGAUGAAGAGAACCCUCAAUUGGGAAUGUUUGAUAAGCCUCUUCCUUUAUUUGGCUGUGGAAUUGGAUGGUUUUUACUUCUGCUAGGAUUUGCAUGCCCACUGAUGUGGUACUAUGCUGCAAUUCUCUACUUUCGAAGGUACUAUCACAAGGAUCCAAGGGAGCGAGAUGGACUUGCUGCCAAUGCAGUAGCUGCUUCGAUAUGUACAGUUGCUGUGGUAAUUACAGCUGCCGUUAUUCUGUUGCUAAAAUUAUGCUUUUAGUAGCCAUCACUAGUGUCCCCCUCCUCCGGUAAAAAGCUUGAGCUGAUGGUUCGUAACCAAAGCUUCCUUCCAGUAUUUGUACAAGAAGAGGUGAUUGAUAUCACUGAAGGUUCAGCUAUCUAAAAAACUAGAGCAAUUUUUGGAUUUCUCUUGUAGUCUUGUGCAUAAUUAGAACUUUGUACAUUAAGAAAAUGCAAGUGUGAAGUUUAUGUACGUAGUAGAUGAAAUUAUGAUAAGCUUAUUGGUUCAUUAAUCAAAACACAGUACAUAUAUAUACAUACAGAUCUUUCAUGGAU